AUGACCAACUCGUGCUGCUCCCCUUGCUGCCAGCCUACGUGCUGCAGGACUACCUGUUGCAGGACCACCUGCUGCCAGCUCAGCUGCUGUUCAGUUUGCUGUACCCCCGUGUACUGCAGGAGAAUUUGCUACCACCCCACCUGCUGCUGCUUGCCUGGGUGCCUAGCCCAGGGCUGUGGAUACAACUGCUGCUAG